UUAAGAAAAUCCCUCUUUACCCAAAAUUCCCAAUUCCCAAAUCAAAACCCUAAACUAAAUCAACAUCAGGCGCUUCCAUCCCCUUCAUCUUCUUCACUGAUUCCUCUCUUUUUUAUUUCCUUUCUAUUUCCCCUCACUCACACUAUCUCUCUUGCUUCACUCAAUCCGACUUACGCGAGGAGCUUCCCCGCCGCUCCCCCCGACGCGCAUCCCCCGCAAGACCUCCGCUGUUGGUAAGUAGGAUGACCAUCACGGCAAAAUUUGCGGCGAUCACCGCGGCAUCCGGCGCCCCGGCGAUAGCUCGCUCGCUUGAAUGCUCUCCUUCCUUACGGAAGCCCUCGUCUUCAUCGCCGUCGUAGUCCUCCGCGACCGCAUUCCGUCGGGGCAUCACAGAGGCGGAAGAGGAACCUUCGCGUGCUCCCUGCAAUACCUUGGUCGAGGCCGCGACGGAGGCGCUGCCGUGGUGGUCCUUUUCUCGGUAGGACUUGACGAAACUCCACUGCCUCUUCUCCUUGGGACGAGCGGUCCCGGCAUGCUAUUGUUGGGGGAGGGAAUGAUCGGAGGGCUAGGACAAACCGGAACUACCGCGAGGCUUGCCCAUUAUUUUUUGAAGGUGGACUGGAGGGGGAAAAGAUGGUGGAUAAUUUAGUUAGAAGUUUUGGGGGAUCGGUGAAGAAGAUGAAGGAGGAAGGAGGUGCCUAAUGUUGAUUUAGUUUAGGGUUUGGAUUUGGGGCUUGGGCUGGGAUAAUAAGAGAGGAUUUUUUUAAUUUUUAUUUUAAUUGAAUUAUAAAAUUAAAUAAUAUUAUUUAAUGACG